CCCGGUUGGUGGCGGUAUCGAAACAGGAUAUGGAAGUUGAAGGAACGGAAGCAGCUGCAUCACGAGCGUUGCAGCGCCAUUUCACUUUUCAUUCAUUGGUAUCGAGGCCUACGUUGCCUAAUUGGAUACACAGAACUUCAUCAUGGUGAAAAUAUUUAUUGGCAACCUUGCCUGCAAUACGUCACCUGAGGAGCUGCGGGAACUCUUCGAGAAGUAUGGGAAAGUCUCAGAAUGUGACAUCGUCAAAAACUAUGGGUUUGUACAUAUGAACAACAUGUCUGAAGCAGAGGAGGCCAUCCGAAACCUCCACCAGCACCAGCUGAAUGGCUGGCGCAUGAAUGUGGAGAUGAGUAAAGGGAGGCCCAAGUCCACCACCAAACUGCACGUCAGCAACCUUGGUGAAGGGGUCACCGCUGAUGUUCUACGUGCUAAGUUUGAAGAGUUUGGCACAGUGGUGGAGUGUGACAUAGUGAAGGACUACGCCUUCAUUCACAUGGAGCGAGUGGAGGAUGCUAUGGAUGCCAUUGAUAAGCUGGACAACGUGGCCUACAAAGGCAAGCUGAUGAGCGUACAGCUGUCCACCAGUCGGCUUCGCACUGCCCCGGGAAUGGGAGAUCAUACCGGCUGCUAUGUCUGCGGGAAACAUGGUCACUGGUCGAAAGAUUGUCCUGUCGGUCGGAACGGUAGCCACGGUGACGGUGAAAGAGGUCGCAGCGGCCGGGGCCCCCCACGCGGUCCCCCGGGUUACGGCAGGGGCAGCUACGGGAUGGCCUCACCUCCAGAAGCUGAUUACAUGGGUGGCUCUGCGUAUAGUCGGGCUAGUUAUGGCCUGCCGCCUCCCCCUCGCAGGCCUAGUGGUUACGGCUAUGAGCUGGGGGAUCGGUACGCCGGUAGAGCACCAGGCUCCUAUGCUGAGAGGUCAUCAGCUUAUGAUCGUGACCGUCUCUAUAGCAGUGUUGACCUUUAUGAGAAGUACAGACCUCGCUCUUAUGGCUCAAGCUAUUUCGAGGAGCGUCGCAUGUCCUAUCUCCCCCCUCCCCCACCUCCCCCUUCCUCCCUCUCAAAGCUUUCCUCCAGUGUAGAUCCAUAUGACCGUCGGCCUCCAGCUUCAUCGGCCGCCGCAGCUGCCGCAUACUAUGCACGAGACCGCAGCCCGAUCAGACGAGUACCAGUCUCCUCAGCAGGCUACGCCUAUGAGCGAACACGGCUGUCACCGGUGUCAGGCUCCAGGAGUUCCUAUGCUGUUGCACGACCCAAGGAUCAUUAUGCGCCGCGCUAUGCGCCUUACUAAAGCCAUGGUGCCAAGGUCUGUUUGUCAACUGCAGGACUUUUCCCUUUUCCAUCGGUCUGCGUGAUGUGUGGCGAAGCAAAGCAUAUGAGAUGCGGAAAUUAAGAUCGGAAAUUGUGCCGGCAUCUUCCAGGCACCUGAGAUGCCAGUUGCCUGCGGAUGAAUCGUCCUUUUGCUUGCAUUCACAUAACCUGUUUUCAAUAAGGAUGAUUAGCAAACUGCACUGUUUGACAUGUAUGAUGUAUAAAACAAGAAUUUGCUCACUUACUCUGCAGGUUUUCAGCUCAGUUUUUAGCCAUGUCUUUUUUUUUCUUACCUGUGUUUCUUCCUCACAUGGAGCACAUUGUUAAAUUCAGCAAAUGUUAAUUGUUUGGCUUCUAUUUGUCAUUUAGAAUAAGUGUUGAUGUUUCUUCAGUAUAUCAAAAUGUACCUUUCUUUUCAAUGGAAUGAGGGUUAACCCAUGCUGUUGCUUGUAGUACAGAAGAAUCUUAUCUUAGCCACACGUCUGACAUGAACUUAGUCAGUUAUAUGGAUGUGGAUAAAGAUAAAUAUUUUUUUCAAAAAUGGUCAUCAUUGGUGUCUAUCAAUGUGCUGUGAAGGUCCGUGACGCUUCAGGUAUGUUUUGUUUUAGCUAAGAAUACAGACGUUGCUUCCUUUAUGCUUGUAAGGGUGAAACACUCAGUAAGGUGGUGGGAAAGAAAACCUGCAGUCUUUGCCCUCUGUAGCACAUGAAUGGACUCAAUGAUUCACACUGCAGAAAACAAUACAGGAAUUAAUCCAUAUUAGGGCUGGGUGAUAUGGAGAAAAUCAAAUGAUUUUUUUGGAUACCAUAUAACUGUCUUUUAUCUAAUUUGACAUUUUGCAUCAGAUUUUCUGUGCUGCUCUAGAAUAGUAGUUGCCAUUGACUGCACAGCACAACUUGCUGUGUGUGCUACUGUCUUAGAGCAGCAAAGGAGAACUGAAAUAUGGGAUAACAUUCAUUUUAUCCACAUAUAAAACUACUUUUAAGUUUAACAAAUUAUGUAGUGUCGGUUCAGUUUGUACACUUCCAUACUCACCGAUAACUGAUCUAGCAUUUUAGGCAACAUUGAAGGCAUUUCCGAUAACAGUAUAGGAACAACUGUCAAUGUGAUUUCGAUAUAUUACCCAGCCCUAAUCCAUAUCCAUGCAACUGACCUGGCUGGCACAGAAUCACACUUUUGCUAGCAUCUAUAGUAAGAUAAAUAAUCUCAAACAUUCCAGCCUCAUUUUUUCUAAAUUGAUGUAUGUCUACAAAAUGUAGAAUUGAUACAUUUUUAACAUUGAAUGAGGUGUCUGCUGGUCAUUUUACUUUUGAAUUAAAGUGGAAACAGACAUUUCCCCCUUUGCGUUCCAAAUUUAUAAUAUUGUUGGUGUAGCUGUUGUAGAGACCACCAUGUUGCUUUCCAUUUUUGCCUAGCAACUGCUACUAUUUCCAUAGGUAUUGGUUGUUCGACCAUCUGUCACUUCCACUACUGGAGAUAUUAACGGCAAGGAACUAAAUAUGGUACUCUUUGGUAACUGGGGAUAGCUACCGCUACCUACAGUACCAGGGAAAUCAAAGAGCUAUCCUCUUCCUGUUUUGGUUGCCCAAUGGUUGAUGCACUUCCCUUUGUGCUGUAAAUGGAGCUCUUUUUCCCAGGAGAUUGUACCUGAUGGCAGAGAGAAUUGCAUAGCAAAAGGAAGGCUAAUCUAAACGCUAAUGGUAUUAUUGUAAAGCUAUUGUGCGAUUGACAUUUACUUCAUCAAGGUAAGUUAAAGCACAAAUCUUGUCUCUUUCCACUUUAAAGUAUCAUUAACUGACAACAAGAAUUUCAGCUGACAUGCACUGUGCAACUAAGUAACAUAUCCACUGGUAAUGUUGCACAGUUUAACGAGAAAUUACCCAGUCAUCUCUAGAAUUUAGGUUCAGGAUGGAUGUUCAUUGUAUCCAAUAUGACACAGCAUCAGCAGCAGUUACAGAAAUGUGAAGCAGGACUCAGGGCUUGGGUUGUGUAAGUCAUUAGGCACCUGUGUUUUCUUGAAGGUGCCUUAGUUUGUUUUGCAUUUAGGUGGAUUUAAAGUUUGUAUUUUUCAUACUAGCUGUAAAAGUACCAGCAUACAUUACAAAUCUAAAGUUAAUAUGAUUUUUAAUAAAGCCAAAAUUAUUUUG